AUGGCAGACCCUUUCAUUGUGUCCUUCCAAAGGGUGUUCUGCCUAGAAAAUGAGGUGUCGAUCGGAGAUCCUCCGGCGACCCUCAGCAACGACGUGAGUAUUACUCCACACCCCCCACCGACCGUGGACCAGGAUAUGAGAGGAGAUGUGGAUAUACAGGAUACUGUCAUGUCCUCACCAGAACCAGCCAGUCUCACUCGGCGGACUGGGUCGUAUGAUCCCAACCGCCGCGCAAUUCCGGAGUUGUCCUGCAAAGAGUGUCGUCGAAGGAAAUCAAAGUGCGACCGUGAAACUCCCAAGUGCACGCUGUGCACGAGGAAGAACCGUACGUGCGAAUACGGAGCUAAGAGUCGCCCUCUGACUCGUCGCUACGUGACGGAGUUGGAGAAUGCACUUCUCAACCUUCAGCAACACCUGCCAGCUCCUGAUGACUCGAACAUUUGUUUAGACCUCAGUCUCUCUGAGUCGUGCGAGGUAACCAACCAAAUACCCCUUCUCCAUAGCUCGCGGAUUACUGGCCCUGUCGGUAUGACACGAACUCCACUGGCAUCUGAAGUGAGAGAAGGUGCUAGAAAGAGAUCGAUUGGUCAAAACAACAUGCCUCUUGAAUCGUCCCCUUUGUCCGGCAACUGGGAAUGGGAUGAGCGAGCUGGCCGGCCAAACGGUAACAGAUUCGUCGAUGGUAUGGCCAGUUUGACAAGUGAUCCAAAUGGCGGCGGCGGUUAUCUUGGCGUUGCGUCUGGCGCUGCAUUACUGCGGGUCACUGACCCAAACCCCAACGGACCAGAAGAUCAGAUCGCAUCGGGUCAGAAUAUCGAGCCGUCAAGCAUCCCAGCCUUGAGCAUUCCCUAUUCAUCAGACUCUCUCGGUGAGCUGGAACCUUUCGUCAAACAGUACUUCGACGUCUUUCACAAAUCCUAUCCUAUCGUUCACGAGGCCACUUUUCGAGCUCAGUUUAUGCACGUCCUUCCGCGACCAAAAUCAAAGGCCUGGGAGGUACUCCUGUUUGUAGUGGCUGCUGUGGGUGCUUUCACUGCAUCGAUGCAACCUUCACAGGAAGAUGUGGGUCUUUUCGAGGCCGCGAAGGCACGCAUGUCGUUUGACAUGCUAGAGACUGGCAACAUUCAUCUCGUGCAAGCCUUGACUCUCAUCUCGAACUACAUGCAAAAGCGGAACAAGCCAAACUCGGGCUACCAUUACAUGGGUCUAGCUAGGCGUACUGCGAUGGCCAUCGGUCUCCACAAGGAGAUACAAUCGCCGGCAAUGAAUCUUUUCGAAAGGGAAAUGCGGCGCCGAAUCUGGCACUGUCUCUACAUAUUUGACGUCGGUGCCAUCAUCACUUUUUCACGACCACUCGACUUCCCUUCCAAUGGCGUUGAUGCGGAACUUCCAAUGGAUGUGCACGAUACGGCCAUCACACAGGGGACAAGGCAAACACCACAUUUUGCCACAGAGACAACGAUAUAUACACACAUGCGAGCCCAGGUAACAUUUCAUAUGGCAACAAGCGAGAUAUACUCGAAGAUGAUUUCCACGUAUUUCCCGUCCGCAUCGGAGCUGAUAGAGGCGGAUGACCGAUUGAUUUUACAUUGGCUAUCAUCCCUGCCUCCUUAUUUCCAAGAAGACACCACUCAAUAUGUGACUUUCAGGCUCUGCCAUUCUAUCUUGCGAUGGCGAUAUCGAAACUUCCGAACCCUCAUGUAUCGCCCAAUUCUUAUCCGACGUGUAAUUUCACGACGUGGUCAAUUAUCUACCAAUGGCGAAGAAACCAACCGCUACGAGGACAUUGCCAUCGAGAGGUGCCUGCAGGCAGCGCGUGAGUCUGUGCAACUGAUCUCGGCCUACUGGUCAAAUGAGCAUCAGAACACGAUGGCUUGUUGGUACGGGCUGUACUUUCUGUUUCAGGCAGUACUUAUUCCCAUCUACUGCUUACGCAAUGAUCCGCAAUGUGCAGCGGCCGACGAAUGGCGCGAGCAGAUUAGUCAAGCUAUGCGAACAAUCGAGUCAAUGUCUCAGAUCAUUGAAUCGGCCUCUCUCUUCCUGGAGAAAAUUCGUUCAGUUUGUGGCCAAUAUCUGAAUUACUCACUUGAUGGAUGGGGGGCUCCGACUGAGGAGUCUCCACAGACACAGAUUGCUAACCUCUACCCACUGAUGUGGCCAAGUCUUGAUAUCACACACAUGGAUGGCUUCGAUACAUCUCUGUAA